AAUUUGCGGACUCUAAGAGGAAUUUUUCCCCAAACUCGUUCCUUUGGUUCCUUCUCCGGGAAGUCCUACUGUCGACGCUGCCAUCGCCGAUCCACCCUAGGUACGGCAUUCAUACUAAAUUUUUGUCUCUUAUUAGUAACCACUUGUAAUACACACAGCAGGUUCUUGACGUAAUGCUUUGUUUGAAGUUCUGCCCUUUGCUUAACUGAUUUUGCUUUUGGGUUGCUUUUGAUCUUUGCUAAUUCGCUGCGUCGUAGAGUUUUUGAGAUUUCAAUUGUUUAAAUGACCUUAAAUUAAGUGUGAAUUCAACCAAGAGGGUUAUGCUAGUUUAUUCCAAUUAUGUUAUCUAGGACUCCCGAUCCUUUGCCCUGAAACCUAAUUCCGUAAUCAAGCCCUAAAUAUCUAAUUGACCAUCGCAAGCGUUUCAGUGCGAGCUGGAAUCGAUAUUCCUGAAUUUUAGGCAAAUCUUGAUAGUUGAAUAAGGCGGAUACUUUAGUGAAAAAAACAAUGGAGCAGGUGAAAGAUGUUAGGCAGGAAAUUGGAGAGCUCAAACACGAUACCUUCCGAUUUGGUCUGCAAAGCGUUCGUGGGGAGAUUCUUGAAACUCAUCCUGUUGAAACUGCUUUCCAUUCGGUUAAAUUGAAGCAGCAGCAAUAUAGAAAGAAGAUGUUGAGCAGUCUUUAUGGAACUGCGAUGCCCUUGAAGAUGGAGUGGGACCAGAAAGUCCUCUCAAGGAGAUUCCAGAGACCACCUGGACCAAUACCAUCAUCUUUUCUGGGGUAUGAAGCUGUUACUGGCGCUUUGGAUGAUAUUGGUGUUGAGGAUUACCUGAAUGAUCCUGCUGAUUCUGAAAAUUUCCGUCCUGCUGACAUGCACCAUGGAAUGGAAGUUCGUCUAGGACUAUCCAAGGGACCAGUGGCUGGCAGUUUCAUUUGAAUUUAAUUUGUAAUCAAAUUGUUGGAAGUAGUUGCUUUGAUUUGUGUUGAGUCUUCUCUGUUUCAUCUGAAGACGCUAAAACUAUAAGACUUGCUAUUGGAAUUGAUGUUCGCCAGUCUCCACCUCUUUCUCAGAAGUAACAAUGUUUGAUUCCAGUGUGUAUGAACCUCAAAUCUAAAGUAUAGAAACGUCGAAAAUUUGUUUCGGGUUAGAAAACUGUCAAAGCAACUAAGCAAAGGUAGCAUGCAUCAGUAGGCAGAGAUAAGACCAUUUCUGACCAUUGCUUCAAUAGUUUAUCGUUUAUAUGAUCCCUGCAAAAUGACCAACAAUGGACAUGUAGUACUACCACAGUAAAUUAUCUAGUUACGUGGAUGUAUUGCUUACUUUUAUUAUCACAUUUAAUGAUUUAAUUAGGUGGUAAACUUUAU